UUUGUAUACUUCCUCGGUAAUUCGUCGGUAUAUUCCGACGACAUACCGACGAACUGGUCUAGUUCGUCGGUAAUUCGUCGGAAUAUACCGACGGAAUACCGAGGACAUGUGUUUCAAAACAAUUUCAAACAUAAAAAUCUAUAAAUUUUGAUGCCAAAACUACGAAAAUAACACAUAAUAAGUGCUUAGUAUAGUAUUAGAUCGCAACCAUUCAAAUAUAACAACUCAUAAAAUAAGUGUUUAUGCAUAUCAAUGUUUUUAUAACAUCUCAUCUUAACACUCAUAUACUUAUACAAUCAUAUUCAUCUAAUCUUACUUCAAAAAAUGUUAUUGUGUAAAAUUGUGUUAUAAAAACAUUUUUAUUGUUAAAUAUUUAUGCAAAUACUAUAUAUAUUAUCAAAGAUUAGGAUUUUACAUUUAGAAACUUGUAAUCAACCCCUAAACACUAUGUCGUCGGAAUUCCCUCGGUAAAGUUCGUCAGUAUUCCGUCGGAAUAUACUGACGAACCCGUGUCCGUCGGAAUUUUUGUUCACCCGGGAAAACCAAACCGCGUGAAAAUUUUCGCGCACCGCCAAUUGGUUUAUAUUUAAUGAUUCCGACGGAAUACUGACGAACCCGUGUCCGUCGGAAUCAUCAAAUAUAAUUACCCUUCUUCUUCCUUCUUCGUUAUUUCCGCCUCUCUCUCUAUCCUCUCCGCCGUUUCUCUCUCUUUCAAGGCGAUUCCGGCGGUUUUCGAGCUCCCAUCCCCGGCGAUUCCUCUACCCACGCUCAUAUCUCUUCCCCCAAACCCGAAAUCAUGUCCGAGGAAUCACCCCGCCCCGCAGCCCGUCGACGUAGUUCGGUGAGCUCUUCCCGUGCAUCGGGAUCGUCUCACGAACAAAACUCGUUUCCCGCAUAUAUUCCCGCUCCACCUCCCGCUCCUGCUCAACAGAAUCCGGGGGUCAUGCCAGUUGAACUAUUGGUUCAACAACCGGGUCGAGAGCAUCUCCCGGUUCUCCAUCCCACCCCACGACGAGGACAUAGCACUUGGUUCACCAAGUCGAGUAAUGGCAUUAGCAGGAGCAUCAACCAGAUGAUGUAUUCCAUGCUCCAAAUUGGAUAUACGAAGUGGAGUGAGAUCCCUCAAGACGACCAAGAGUUGUGGUUUCGUCAAUUUGCGCAAGAGUUCAACUGGCACCCCGAUCACACGGAAACAGUCCGUAUUAGAUUCAAAGCUAAGGCCAUGGACUCUUAUACAAAGCAGGUGAACGCGUGGAAGAAAGUUUGGCAGAAGAACAAGAGGCCACGGAACAUCAACGGGAGGGUGUUCGAGCAGUUGAUAGUUCAUUGGCAGAAGGACGAAACUGCAGAGACGUCUUCUAGGAACUCUAAGAACCGGAAGAGCGAUCGUGGCGGGAAAGGUAUGUAUGUGCACAACCUCGGGGCUUGCUCUAUGUCUACUAAGGAAGAUGAACUUAUCGAAGCAAAUGACGGUAAUCCCGUUGAUCGACUCCAACUCAUUAAGGUGGCUCACACUAACAAGACGACGGGUCAAAUUCAGGACCUCUUGAUCAAAGAUGUCGUUGAUUUGGUGGAAACUGAAAUAGCAUCUCAAUCUCAGCCUCUCUCUGAUGACGGCGAUUCAGUGGGAGCUUCAACCAACUUGUCCCGAUUGCAAAUAAAUGAGAUGGUUGAAAAGGCUGUUCCUAAAAGGAAAGGAGGCUUUUUAGUUGGAUUGGCCCGCCGUGCUUCUUCGUAUCCGGCAUCUUCUUCGCAGGUUCCGUAUGCCGAUCCCAUGAUUCUCGAGGAGCUACAUGACAAAGGUGAACGGAUUGUGGCAUUGGAGGAGCAGAACGCCACUAUCCAAGCUGAGAAUGCCACUAUCCAAGCUGAGAAUGCCACUAUCCUUGCUGAGUUGGCAUCCCAAAAGAAGACCAACGCCGAGAUAAUGGAGAAGCUAAACCGUUUAUUUGCUUCGAGUUCUUAGUUUUUUCUGAAUUUUAAAACUUUCUGAAUGUUUUUUUUAAUAUUUCGGUUUGU